AUGGAUGACUUGUUCGAUAUCCUCGAAGACAAGCCAGAUGCUCUCGCAGCAGAUGACGAGCCUGUCAAGCCUCGACCACGCAAAGACAAAAGCAAAAAGCGACAAGCAAAUGGGAAUGUCAAAGAUAAGCAGUCAAAAGAGGACGACGUUCUGUCAGACGCCCCCGCCGCUACCACAGUGACAGAUGGCCCAGCUGAGGAGAAUGGCCAGCCGGAAGCGAAGCGCCAACGUCUGCAAGAUGAGCCGGAGCCAGUCGUGACCGAUACAUUCGAAACAGAGCAAGAGCGAGAAAUAGCCGCCUCAGCUGGUCUGCAGACGACUAAAGAUGCAGGAGCAGUUGUUCUUUCGCACCAAGUCCGCCAUCAGGUUGCCCUUCCGCCAAAUUAUCCUUAUGUUCCUAUCUCAGAGCACAAGCCUCCCGACGACCCUGCGAGGACUUGGUCGUUUACCCUCGAUCCUUUCCAACAAGUUUCGGUUUAUUCGAUCCAAAGAGAAGAGAGCGUACUGGUAUCAGCGCACACAAGUGCCGGAAAGACAGUGGUUGCGGAAUACGCCAUUGCGCAAAGCUUGAAGAAAAACCAGAGGGUUAUCUACACCAGUCCCAUCAAGGCUCUGAGUAAUCAGAAAUACAGAGAAUUCGCGGCUGAAUUCGGCGACGUGGGCUUGAUGACCGGUGAUGUUACAAUCAAUCCAACUGCAACAUGCCUUGUUAUGACCACGGAGAUUCUGAGGUCCAUGCUUUACCGCGGAUCUGAAAUUAUGCGUGAAGUUGCAUGGGUGGUUUUUGACGAAAUCCACUACAUGCGCGAUGCAACUCGUGGUGUUGUUUGGGAAGAGACCAUUAUUUUGCUCCCUGACAAGGUACGCUACGUGUUCCUGUCUGCAACGAUUCCAAACGCGAUGCAAUUUGCCGAAUGGAUAGUCAAACUGCAUAAUCAGCCAUGUCACGUUGUCUACACCGAUUUUCGACCUACCCCAUUACAGCAUUAUUUCUUCCCAGUUGGCGCAGAAGGAAUUCAUUUGGUAGUGGAUGAAAAAGGUGUUUUUCGGGAAGACAAUUUCCAAAAAGCAAUGAGUUCCAUCGCAGAAAAGAAGGGCGAUGAUCCGGCCGAUGCCCUGGCCAAUCGCAAGGGCAAAGGAAAGGAUAAAAAGUUCAACAAGGGGGGAAAGAAGGAUGAAAAAUCAGACAUUUUUAAGAUAGUAAGGAUGAUCAUGCUAAGGAGCUACAACCCUGUCAUCGUUUUCAGCUUCAGCAAACGAGAGUGCGAGGCCAAUGCCCUGCAAAUGAGUAAAUUGGCGUUCAAUGAUGACUCGGAGAAGGAAAUGGUUUCCAAAGUUUUCAAUAGCGCAAUCGAAAUGCUAUCCGAGGAAGACCGACAGCUAAAACAAAUUCAGAAUAUCUUGCCUUUGUUGCGGCGUGGUAUUGGUGUUCACCACGGAGGCUUGCUCCCCAUUUUGAAAGAGACUAUUGAGAUUUUGUUCCAAGAAGGUCUUCUGAAGGUUCUUUUCGCAACGGAAACGUUCUCCAUUGGGUUGAACAUGCCUGCCAAGACAGUCGUUUUUACCAAUAUGCGAAAAUUUGAUGGGAUUGAUACUCGCUGGGUUACUCCGUCAGAAUUCAUCCAGAUGUCCGGGCGAGCCGGUCGAAGAGGUCUCGAUGAGCGUGGUAUCGUGAUUAUGAUGGUUGGAGAAGAAAUGGAGCCCGCUGUUGCCAAGGAGAUUGUGCGUGGUGAACAGGAUCGACUCAAUUCUGCUUUCCACCUGGGUUACAAUAUGAUUCUGAAUUUAAUGAGAGUAGGGGAGGGCAUCUCUCCAAACUUUAUGUUGGAGCGUUGCUUUUAUCAGUUUCAGAAUACUGCUAGCGUGGCUAGCUUAGAGAAAGAACUCGCGGACCUCGAAACCAAACGAGCAGGUAUAAAUAUCCAAGACGAGGCAACAAUUCGGGAAUAUUAUGAACUUCGAAAGAAUCUUGCAAAUUUCACGUCUGAUAUGCAGAAAGUGAUCAGUCAUCCCGAUUACUGCCUACCUUUCCUCCAACCGGGACGUCUCGUGCAAAUCAAGUUUGAGGAUCAUGAUUUUGGCUGGGGAGCAGUGGUGAAUUACAAAUCACGCAAAACGAAGAACCCGAACGAAGAAAUCGAAGCCCAUCAAAAAUUCAUUGUUGAUGUUCUGCUGGAGAUUGCUGAUGGUUCUUCUACGGGUACUCGUACCCAUACUGAUCUGCCUUCUGGUGUGCGACCCCCUGAAGAGGGUGAGAAGAGUCAGUUGGCCGUAGUUCCAGUACUUCUGAGCUGCGUUCAGGCCUUGUCUCACGUUCGAAUCUUCCUUCCUAAAGAGGUGCAGACAGUAGACUCACGAAAUAGUGUCAAACGUGCUCUUCAGGAGGUUAAGAAACGCUUCCCGGAUGGUGUUGCUCUGCUUGAUCCCAUUGAGAACAUGAACAUAAAAGAUGAUUCAUUUAAGAAGCUCCUCAGAAAAGUUGAAGUUCUCGAAUCGCGACUGUUGGCCAACCCUCUGCAUAACUCACCUCGAUUGCCAGAAUUGUACAAUCAGUAUUCGGAGAAGGUUGAAUUGGUAGCUCAGAUCAAGGCUAUCAGGAAGAAGAUCUCCGAUGCGAUGUCGGUCAUACAGCUGGAUGAGCUGAAAUGUCGAAAGCGUGUCCUCCGGCGAUUCGGCUUCAUCAACGAGGCGGAUGUUGUCCAGCUCAAGGCGCGAGUGGCGUGCGAGAUCAGCACGGGUGAUGAACUGAUGCUGAGUGAGCUGCUCUUUAAUGGUUUUUUUAACAAUCUGACGCCUGAGCAAUGUGCCUCUAUCCUGAGUUGUUUUGUCUUUGAGGAGAAGGCCAAGGAUACGCCUGCACUGAAGAGGGACGAGUUGAUAAAGCCGCUCAAGGAAAUCCAAGCUCAAGCUCGCGUCGUCGCGAAAGUGUCCAUGGAAUCGAAACUAGCGAUUAACGAGGAAGAAUACGUGCAGAGUUUCCACUGGGAGCUGAUGGAUGUGAUCUACGAGUGGACUCACGGAAUGUCAUUCGCAGGCAUCUGCAAGAUGACGGACGUGUAUGAGGGCAGUUUAAUCCGUGUCUUCCGCCGCUUGGAGGAGUUGAUUCGGCAAAUGGCACAAGCUGCCAAGGUCAUGGGCAGUGAAGAACUUGAACAGAAGUUUGAGACGUCUCUUACCAAAAUCCGGCGGGACAUUGUUGCUGCCCAGUCCCUCUACCUGUAA